AUAAUUGGGGGGGGGAGGCGGGGGCGGGUAACCAAGCACGUGAAUUGAAUUUCGAAGGUAGUUGAGCACGAUCAUUAAAUAGUUAGCCUAUUUCAGCAUCUCACUAACACCACCAUCGUCUCUCUUUUUCCUUCUCCUCAACCUCCCACACCUUCAUAUGCCACCACAGCCCGAGUCGACCACACCUCCAUUACAACGCAGCAAAGCCAAUUUAUCAGAGAUACUAGCGACAUUAAAACCCUACAUCCAUGCUCUCGUUGUCUUCGCUCGCUUAUUACAAUGGAAGCCACUCGACAACAACCAAACGAACCCAAUGGUCCUUGUAGUGCUGCUGUGGACAGCUCUAUGCUUCCAUCAUAAACUGCUUCUGGGCAUCGUGGCGCCUGUCCUCAUUGUAUCUGUUCUCCUCACCUCGUCUACUAUGGCAACACCAGAUACGUCAAAGACCCGACCACACGGCCGUCGACGCAGCACCGCCAGCAAUAGUAGCGACAAAGAACAGACUCUCGAGAAUGACGAUCCCAUUCUGUCUGAAAUUACUCACGACUUGGCCGAACUUGCCAAAUUACUCUCAUUUGCUUUUGUCAUUGACCACAACAAUAAGAACGACGGUUACUCUGAAAACAAUAACAAAAAGGGAAAAUCCGAUGCGGAUCACCAAAGGACCCGGCAGCUUGCUGUUGGCGUCUGCUUGAUGCUGUUUUGGCAGUGGAUAUUACACACUUCCCGACUUUAUCACUUGGUAUGGCUCACUGGAUGCAUGUUUCUGACCUGGUGGAGCCCUUGGGUCCAUGCGCUACGACACAUGAUUUGCCAUAUAAGAAAAGCAAUGACGACAAUGACAACAACGACGCCAUCAUCGCUGACGACGUGCUCUGAUGCAGCUUCUACGACCGCCGUCAAGCAAGAACUCGACCGACUGUAUUGCUUCAGCAUCUACGAGCACCAGCGGUGGUGGCUCCAUCGUGGUUGGAGCAAUUUCCUGCUCCCGCAUGAUCGCCCCGAAUGGUCGGACGAGUACCUGGAGCCUACGCCGUCGAUCCAUGCAUUCAACCUGCCUCCCUCUAGUACGUCUAGCCACUGGGUCUGGGUCGAUCCUUCUUGGAAUACGGACAAGAGUGGCGUGGUUACAAAAGACGACGGUGGUUGGGAAUAUGGCAACUGGGAUUGGAAAGCGUGGAGCAACAAGGCCACCGGACUCAGCGUGCUAACUCGACGACGUCGGUGGAUUCGCUGUGCACGACGUGUGGAAUGCACGAGUGACGCUGAUGUGGAGUCAAUUGCUGCAGGUGCUUCUGCAGCAUCAACACAAAAGGCGGAAAGUGUAGCAUCAUCGCCGCUAUCUUCUGGCUGCUCUUCUCCAUCCUUGCUGUUCUCCCCUAAACCCCGACCGACUUCGUUGCUUACGCAUAGGACAUUGUCCUCCAUCACCACCAUCUCCUCUUCGACUUCUUCUUCCUUGUCGACAUCAUGUGAUUCGCCUCUUUCAAGCCCUUUCCCACUCACAACGACAACCACUACUGCCACGGGAAAAGAUUGUGGAACGCACUUUUGGCUACACAGAUAAGAAGAGCCACUCACUCCAGUGGAAGGAAGCAGAGGUGUACAUAUUCGUUCUUUCUCUCUCUCUUUUUUUUUUCUUUUCGUUGUUCAGAUACCCCCUUUCCUGUGCUUUUUCUUUUGUUGCAACUAUUACUG